AUGGGAGCUCUGUGGUCUGUCACCAGUCGUGCUUCGAUCUUACCACUUGUUGGUUCUGGCCCCUAUGCGGCAGGAUGCGCUGACUUGAUGAUCACCGACUCAAAUGACGGUGACACUGGCGUUUUCAUGCGAAUCUACUAUCCGACCGAUAAGGAUAGAGUAAGCAAUCGGACAAAAGAAUCCGAUCAUCCUCUUUGGAUAGAUCGCCCAGAAUAUGUCAUUGGGCUUGCUUCUUAUUUGAAACAGUCGGCUGGUCGACUGCAAUACAUUUUGAAUUGGAUUAUUGGCGAAACAAGGUUGGCAUGCGUUGGGCGUGCUAAACUCGCUCUGAAAGACGCAUUUCCCGUUAUUGUUUUCUCUCAUGGCUUAGCAGGUUCUCGUCAGUUCUACUCCACCUUUUGUUCCUCUCUUGCUUCAUAUGGGUUCGUUGCCGCUGCCAUUGAACACAGUGACUAUUCUGCUUGUUGGACCUUUAAACUUGUUCCCGACCCCGCAUCUGGUAGAUUGGUUGAACGUCAUUUCGCAAUACGGCUCUUCGACCAUACCGACAAACGCACGCAUAAAAUAAGAACUCAGCAAGUAUGUACUUAUACUCGUUUCUUCCAUGGCUUACGUGAAAUGCUAUUUUUAAAGGAAUUAGCUAAUAAAAUUGGCUGUAUAUUCGGAAGGCUUGAUCUUUCACGAGCUUACGUUGCUGGUCAUUCUUUUGGCGGUGCGACAGCAAUUGCAGCCACGGCGUUUUCUACAGAUUUUCAGGCUGCUGUGGUGUUAGAUGGCUGGUUAUCUCCACUGGAUCCUGGUCAUUAUGAAAGAGCUUCUCAGCCCUCGCUAUUUUUAAAUGCUGCGAAUUGGAAUUAUAUCGAGAACGUUGGGAGGAUACAAAAAUUGCGAAAUAUUACUGAGAAGUUAUUGUAUACUUUCAAGGAUGCAGAGCACUACACUUUCACUGACUUCCCGUUCCUAUUUAAUCCGCUCAUCGGUCGAACAUUGAAACUGCAUGGAGAGACACCUGUAAGUUUGUACAAGUAA